AUGAGCAAUUUGUUUUCAAGAAGUAAAACAAUUAUCUACAUAUAGAGCAUUCUGAUAACAGUAUUCUUAAAGGAAGAACAUAAACUAUUGCUUCAUAAAAAUGUCCUUUUAGUACAAAAGAAAAUAAUAUUAAAUUUAAAUACCCAGAAGUUUUUCAUAAAUAAGAACCAAAACCCUUUAAAGUAUAAAUCAGUCAUACUGAUAUGAGAUCUCCAAGUGCAUAAUCUACUUCCUCUCCAAUUAACAGUAUAUCAUUUAAUUGAUAUUAGAAAGUAUACUUAUGACACAUCGUUCUUAAUCAAUGUUUUAAGAUGUUUAAUAUAUUGAUUUCAUAAUAACAAAUAAAGAAGUCAAUCAAUUUUUGAAAAGGCACUUUCUUCAUGAACAUAUGCAUACUAAUACUUCUGCAAAUAGGAGUACUACAAAAUUGAUUUGUGAUUCUUGGGAAAAAGUGCCAGUUUCUUAUUUCAUCAAAGCACUUUUUAAUGAGUAUCCAGAAAUCAUAUAAGAUCAUAAAUUAAAUGAUAAAUUGACUAUUUAAUUGAAAUCUCUUAUUAAAGACUUAGUUUCAGAAGAUGGAUAAAUGCUUUCCUUAAAUAAAUUAUAAAUGCAUACUCGACAUUUAGGUUUAUUGAGUCUCCUCUUAACUGCUCUAAGGGAUAUUUAAGAACCACCUUCUAACUAAGAAAAUCAAGAUAUAUAAACAAACUAAUAAUUACAAUUCUCACAAUAACAAUAAGUCUAAGAAAAAUUAUCCAAAUAUAUUUAUGAAUUCUCAAAUAAUUUAGAAAAGAGAUUAAUUGAAAUUUUUGAUUAGAAAUUAACUAUUAUAUAAAAUAAAUAAAUAGAAUUAGAAAAACUAGUUGAAAACCUAAGAUAAAGAUAUAUAGACCACAAAUUUAAGUAAGAAUCCUAACAUAAAUUAUUAAUUAAUAAUCUCACAUAAUAAUUAGAAAAAAAAGACUAAAUAAUUGCUGAACUUUAAUAAAAAUUACAAAUCAAACCAUUAUUACAUACAUCAAAUAUAGAAAAUAUGUAAAAUCUCAAAUGUGUAAAUCCUAAAUUUAAUUCCUCUAAAUUACAUAAUUCAUCUAAUGACUAAAGUAUAUAGAAGUUUAUGACAACCCUUUGUAAUAUUUGGGAUAUGGCUUGUAUUAAUGAGGAUUAUAGAUUUGCUUAGAUCUUAACAGCAUAGGAUUACAAUCAAAUGCCUUUUCAACAUUUUUAAUUGAUCCCAAUUAUUAAGUCUAUCCCAAAAUUCGAUGAUUUUAUCCUUAAAACUUUGAAUUCUAUUCAUAUUAUCACAAACUUUGUAUAAAAUUGUAUGAAUAGCGAUAACAAUAUGAUUCUUGAUAUAUUCUAAGAAAUUUAUAUUUUAAUUCAAAACGCAAAAGUGAAUGAUUAAAACUAAUACUUAUUUAAUUUAAUUCAAUUAUUUUUAAAAUUAACUACUUGUAUUUUACAUAUUAAAGCUACAUUCAAUGCCAAUAACCUUAAAGAUUGGUUAACUAUUAAAAAGUCAGUUAAUGAGCAACAACAAUAAUUUAUUCAUAGAUUAAUUACAUAAAUAAUUCAAAUACAUAAAUUUACAUUAAACCAAAAUAUUCCUAUUUAAUUAUCAUCUCGAUAACAAUAGAAUGAAGAUAAAUACCAAGAACACACUUUUAUUAAAAUUAUUGAAGACAAAUCAAUUAGCAAUUAAUUUUGCAAUCAUAUAAAAUCUAUUUAUAAUAAAUAAUAAAAUUCAAAAUUAUCCAUAUUAUUAAGAAUACUCUAAUGUUUUUACUUAAAUGAGAUUGACGAAUUGAUUGAUUUAAUGCAGUCUGUAUAAGGUGAAACUGAAAUUGAUAUCUUUUUAUCGAAAUGGAUUUUGGAUUCAAAUUGCAUAAGUUUAAUAUUGUUUCCAAACAUUUUCAAUCAAAAAUACACUUUAAAAGCAGUUACAAUUUUACUAUAAUUUAAGUGUCCUUAAUAAUUUUAAAUAAACUAUACCAAAUAGGUUUGUGAUGAUAAACAUAUUGAAUUAUUAAUUGAUAUAUUGAUGAGAAUGCAUCAAACAUAAAAUUAAGAACUAAUAUUUAAAAUAUGGGAACUUUUUAGAGCUAUUUCUAAAAGUACUAAUUUAAAGGUUUGUAAAGAUAAAUUAGAGAAAGUGAUCAAAUUAUAUUCUGGUUGUCAUCAUGCUACACUAUAAAAUAAUAUUCAAUAGGUUAACAAAAAUUUAGCCAUUCAAAUCUGA